CGCGGGCAGAAACACACACACACCCCGGAAUAAACUAAGGGCAGCUCCACCAGAUUGUGCCAAAGGGGAGGGGAGGGGGGGAGGGGUGGUCCUUUGCUCUUCCUGUAACCACUGACGCUGAUUCCUCUGCAGGGGAAAAUCCAGAGGCGGUUUCUCCGAGCCACCCCGCCCGCGUGCGCGCUCUCUCUCUCUCUCUCUCUCUCUCUCUCUCAGGAGGGGGGGGGAAUAGCAGCGCCCUCCCGCUUCCCCGCUUGCCUGCUGGAGAGCUGCCUCACUCCUCCUAGACAACUUUCUGCAUGACUGUCUCUAAGAUGUCAUGGCGGCCGCAGUAUCGCAGCUCCAAGUUUCGAAACGUCUAUGGCAAAGUGGCCAACCGAGAGCACUGCUUUGACGGGAUCCCAAUCACCAAGAAUGUCCAUGACAACCACUUCUGUGCGGUGAAUACGAAGUUCCUUGCCAUAGUAACGGAAAGUGCCGGAGGGGGCUCCUUUCUUGUCAUUCCACUGGAACAAACUGGCCGGAUUGAACCAAACUACCCCAAAGUGUGCGGCCAUCAGGGGAACGUGCUCGACAUUAAGUGGAACCCUUUUAUUGAAAACGUCAUUGCAUCCUGCUCUGAAGACACCUCGGUUCGGAUAUGGGAAAUUCCAGACGGAGGACUGAAGCGCAACAUGAUGGAGGCGGUCCUGGAGUUGUACGGGCACAGCCGGCGCGUCGGCCUUGUUGAGUGGCACCCGACCACCAACAACAUCCUGUUCAGUGCCGGCUAUGACUACAAGGUUCUCAUCUGGAACCUGGACAUCGGUGAGCCUGUGAAGAUGAUUGACUGCCACACCGACGUCAUCCUCUGCAUGUCCUUCAACACCGACGGGAGUUUGCUGGCCACCACUUGCAAAGACAAGAAGCUCCGCGUCAUUGAGCCGCGCUCCGGCAAAGUCCUCCAGGAGGCGAAUUGUAAGAACCAUCGCGUGAACCGGGUUGUCUUUUUAGGAAACAUGAAGCGGCUUCUAACAACUGGAGUCUCGCGGUGGAACACGAGGCAGAUUGCCCUCUGGGAUCAGGAAGAUCUCGCCAUGCCCUUAAUAGAGGAGGAGAUUGACGGGCUGUCUGGACUCCUCUUCCCUUUCUACGAUGCUGAUACCCACAUGCUGUACCUGGCUGGCAAGGGAGAUGGGAAUAUCCGCUACUAUGAAAUCAGUACAGAGAAGCCAUACCUCACUUACCUCAUGGAAUUCCGUUCUCCAGCUCCACAAAAAGGCCUCGGAGUGAUGCCAAAGCAUGGCCUGGAUGUCUCUGCCUGCGAGGUGUUCCGGUUCUAUAAGCUCAUCACAUUAAAAGGGCUGAUUGAGCCCAUCUCCAUGAUCGUGCCAAGGAGGUCGGAAACAUACCAGGAAGAUAUUUACCCAAUGACUCCGGGAACAGAGCCUGCUCUCACACCGGAUGAAUGGCUGAGUGGAACGAACCGGGAUCCCAUAUUGAUGUCUUUAAAGGAAGGCUAUAAGAAAGCAUCGAAAGUAGUUUUCAAGGCACCGAUGAGAGAGAAGAAGAGUGUUGUUGUGAAUGGGAUCGACCUCUUAGAAAACGUGCCCCCCAGAACAGAGAAUGAGCUUCUCCGAAUGUUCUUCCGGCAACAAGAUGAGAUCCGGCGGUUGAAAGCUGAGCUCUCGCAGAAGGACAUCAAAAUCCGACAGCUACAGCUGGAGCUGAAAAACUUGCGCAACAGCCCGAAGAACAAUGAACUCUAAAGGACAUUUUCUAAACAAACUCUUUGUUUAUACCCACUCUUUUAAUUUUACUGUAUCCACUUAACACACGAUAUGAGCCAGAGACCCCCGUGGCCAGCCCCCAGGGAGCUCACCCGCUAACUGGAACUGUGUCCUUCUGUGGUCAUUUCCUAGCACUAAAAGAAAGACGUGUUGUCUGUAUGAUGUUAACUGAGAAAACUACUGCAUGAAACAAGCAAAGGGACCCGUGUAGAGCCCGAGCUUCCCUUGGAGGAAGUAGAGGAGUCAAUGCGUUUCCCGAUGCCGCCAAGUCACGGGAUUAGCUAAGCGGGGCAUCCGGUUUUCCAUUCCAUCCUUGAGCAGGAAUGAAAAGGGAGAUCUGCAUGCCCCGCAGGAAGCAAUGGCAUUGAUUAGUAUUAUUAAUAUUCUUUUUUUUUCCUAUGCAAAGUGUGACUGACAAUGCACACUGGAUACAAAACUGGAAUUCAGGUCCAUGAAACUGGAAGGUACAUGGGAGAGCUGGACAUUAAUUCAUCCCCUUCUCCCGGGAAAUUCCCCGCAAUGUGCCGCGCAAGCAAAAGAGCAGAACCCCCAGGAUCCCUUUAAUGCUGCAGCGGAUGUUGGGGGUUAAGGCCAUGCACAGCUUUCUCAGUAUUCCUUAAAAAAUGCCAUUCCCCACCUCCCCACCCCAUAGCCACUGGCAUCAUUUGUACCGUGGGGCCAGCUCUGCUUCAGCCAUAGCUCAGUGGCUUUUCUAUGCAUCAACCCCUUGGUUGGUUGUCCUAUCGAAACAGGUGGCGCCGGCACCAGUUUAUAGGGGAUACCCGCUCUUUGUAUCUCUGGUUCCUAACCAUUAAUCCCAAGCCUUCACAUAUUAUAGAACUUUGUAUUUUC